AUGACCCUGCCCGGGGGCCCGACGGGCAUGGCGCGGCCGGGAGGCGCAGGGCCCUGCAGCCCCGGGCUGGAGCGGGCCCCGCGCCGGAGUGUCGGGGAGCUGCGCCUGCUCUUCGAGGCGCGCUGCGCCGCUGUCGCUGCAGCCGCCGCCGCAGGGGAGCCCCGGGCCCGUGGGGCCAAGCGGCGUGGGGGACAGGUCCCCAACGGGCUUCAGCGGGCUCCCCCUGCCCCGGUGAUCCCGCAGCUGACUGUGACAGCCGAAGAGCCGGACGUCCCCCCGGCCAGUCCCGGGCCGCCGGAGCCGGAGGGUGGCUGGCUCCCGGCCGUGGGCUCGUCGCACCUGCAGCAGCCGCGCCGCCUCUCCACCUCGUCGCUCUCCUCUACUGGCUCCUCUUCGCUGCCCGAGGACUCGGAGGACGAUCUGCUGAGCGACAGCGAGAGCCGGAGUCGCGGCAACGUGCAGCUGGAAGCCGGCGAAGUCGUGGGUCAGAAAAGCCACUGGCAGAAGAUCCGGACCAUGGUGAAUCUGCCGGUCAUGAGCCCUUUCAAGAAGCGUUAUGCCUGGGUGCAGCUGGCUGGGCACACGGGGAGCUUCAAGGCGGCGGGCACCAGCGGACUGAUCCUGAAGCGCAGCUCGGAGCAGGAGCGCUACUGCUUAGGGCGGCUGAUGUCCGACUCGCUGCGCGGAUGCGUGCCCGCCUUCCACGGCGUGGUGGAGCGCGACGGCGAGAGCUAUUUGCAGUUGCAGGACCUGCUCCACGGCUUCGAUGGGCCCUGCGUACUUGACUGCAAAAUGGGCAUCAGGACUUACCUGGAAGAGGAACUGACCAAAGCCCGAGAACGGCCCAAGCUGAGGAAGGAUAUGUACAAGAAGAUGCUGGCUGUGGACCCUGCGGCGCCCACUGAGGAGGAACACGCGCAGCGCGCCGUCACUAAGCCGCGCUACAUGCAGUGGCGAGAAGGCAUCAGCUCCAGCACCACGCUCGGCUUCCGCAUCGAGGGUAUAAAGAAAGCAGACGGAUCCUGCAGCACAGACUUCAAGACAACGCGAAGCCGGGAGCAGGUGAUUCGAGUCUUUGAGGAGUUUGUGCAAGGGGAUGCGGAAGUGCUGAGGAGGUAUCUGAACCGCCUGCAGCAGAUUCGGGACACCCUGGAGGUCUCUGAGUUCUUUAGGAGACACGAGGUGAUUGGCAGCUCACUGCUCUUCGUGCACGAUCACUGCCAUCGCGCCGGUGUGUGGCUCAUCGACUUCGGCAAAACCACGCCCCUGCCAGACGGCCAGACCCUGGACCAUCGAAGGCCCUGGGAGGAGGGCAACCGCGAGGACGGCUAUUUGCUGGGGCUGGACAAUCUCAUUGGCAUCCUGGCCAGCCUGGCUGAGAGAUGAGGCUAUGCCCCUGUCCCCACACAGACCGCUGGCCUGACAGAUGGACCUGCGUUUUUGUCCCCGCCAUGCAUGCCGGGGAGAGACUGAAACCCAGAGGUUGGGGCGGUUCACAGGUUUCUGUAGGGCCAGGUGCCAAACACUAUGGAACGCAGCACCAAAGCUGUUCCCCACGCAAACCCAAGUGGCCCCAGAGCCGAUGACACUAAUUUAUGGAGGGAGGGGUGUAGGCUGUGACAAUGGGCUUCUUCCUCAGCCCAGCACUACUGAGGGGGCUCUGUGCUUCUCCAGAGAGGCCAGAUAAUGAAUUAUUUUGCAAGCACUAGAUCUGUUGAUCUAACCUCCCACAC